AUGCGGUCCACCAUAUUUCAAUCGUUGCUAGCCAUUGGAUCUUUGCGAUCGGUGGUCGCGCAGUACGCUUUUUCAGUGCCGGAGCCCGCUGUCGCAGAUUUCAACUCUAUCAACGAUGUGGUCCAAGGCACCGUCGUGAAUAUUGUUUGGCUUGCGAACUCCACCUACCAGCCCACAUUGACAGGCCAACAACUACUCGAUAGUAAUGGAGAUAUCUCAGUAUGGAUAACCUCGUACAACAAUAACGACUACACCCAUUGCUUGACUCCAAGCGCGAACUCAGAAUCAGGAGGUUCAUGGGCUUGGAACAUCACACUAUCGGACGACGACAUUGAUGCCAAUGGAGGAAAAUUUGUCUACCGCCUGAAGCCCACCGUCGCAAGCCAAAACUCCCCUUUCAACAUCACGGAGGAUGAGUGUCCAUCGCGGGGUUUCAUCAUAAGGAAGGCGGCCGAUGUCGCAGCUUCAUCGUCGGCGUCAGUGGCGGCGGCAGCAUCAGCGGCUCGAAAAUCAGCUUCAACCGCAGUUAUCACCGUUACCAAGUCAGGCCAAGCUGCUGCGUCUGCAACGGGAAGUGCUGCUUCAACUGGAGCCUCAACCGGAGCCUCCACCGGAGCCGCCACCGGAGCCGCAAAGACAGGUUUCCCAACCAACACCAGCAUUGGAACUCCUAGCCCCUCGAACGGUGGUGGGCUGUCCGGAGGCGCGAAGGCAGGCAUUGCUAUCGGUGUUAUAGCUCUUGUAGGCAUCGCCGCCAUCGCCGCAUUCUUCCUCUGGAGACGUCAGCGCAACAACGCAGCUGGCACAAAAGCAGCAGAGCUAUCCGGCACUACUCAGUACGCUCCGGCUCCCGCGAUGAACGAUAAACACGUAUACGGAUACAUGGACCACCCCCACAACGCGGCCCCCGUGGAGCUGGCAGACUCACAGCAUCAGGCUCCUGUUGAGCUGCCCGCGUACAACAAAUGA